CGUUCAAGCAAGCACGAGACGCGCAACCUUCCCCUUCACUCAGCCGUGAUUAGUCUCCGAUUAGGUUUUUGUCGAUUCUCUCCAGUCUUCGCAGCGACCCAAAAAAACCCUAAUUUUAUCAAUUCGAUUUCUCAAUUUCCUCCACAUGGGUGAACACUCACCUUCUCAACCAUCGUCACAUACUCAUCUCCAAGACCAACCACAAUCACCCAAUCCCGAAAACCCUAGUCCGAUCCCACCGGAAACCAACGAUGACGACUCCACUUUGUCCGCCGGAUUCUCUGGCUCAAUCGUCUCAUCAACCACCAUCGAAGCGCCACGGGUUACUGAGUUAGGCAAUGUAUCGUCUCCACCUUCCAAAAUCCCACUCCGUCCUCGAAAAAUCCGAAAGCUUUCACCCGACGACGACGCCUCCGGUAACAUCGACGGAUUCAAGCCGGAGCAUAACCUUUCCCAGAUGAUGCCGCCGCUCGUGACGGCUACAAAACAACCCGUGAAGAGUAAAUUAUCACAGUCACGCGCUAUAACCGUGCCGAGGAUCCACGCGAGGUCUCUGACAUGUGAAGGCGAGCUUGAAACAGCGCUUCACCAUCUCCAAAGUGUUGAUCCUCUGCUCGCGUCGUUGAUUGAUAUCCACCCGCCACCAACGUUCGAGUCUUUUCAUACUCCGUUCUUGGCUCUGAUUAGAAGCAUUCUCUAUCAGCAGCUUGCAGCUAAGGCUGGGAACUCAAUCUACACACGCUUCGUUGACAUGUGCGGAGGUGAAAACGGCGUCGUCCCAGAGAAUGUGUUGCCUUUGACACCUCAACGGCUUCGUCAAAUCGGUGUUUCCGGGCGUAAAGCGAGUUACCUUCACGAUCUUGCUAGGAAAUAUCAAAACGGGAUCUUGUCGGAUUCUGCAAUAGUUAACAUGGAUGAGAAAUCUUUGUUCACGAUGCUAACGAUGGUCAAUGGGAUUGGGUCAUGGUCGGUUCAUAUGUUUAUGAUAAACUCUCUUCAUAGACCCGAUGUGUUGCCAGUUAAUGAUCUUGGUGUAAGGAAAGGUGUGCAGAUGCUUAAUGACUUGCCGUAUUUGCCUCGUCCAUCGCAAAUGGAGCAGCUUUGCGAGAAAUGGCGUCCGUAUAGAUCAGUAGCGUCAUGGUACAUGUGGCGGCUUGUUGAAUCUAAAGGUAGACCUCCAAAUGCUGCCACUGUGACGGCCGGAGCUUCUCUUUCUUUUCCACAGUUGGAAGACAUUCAAGAACAACAUCAGCAACAACAGCCUCAGCUUAUGGACCCUCUUAAUAGUGUGUUCAGUAUCGGGGCAUGGGGCCAAACGUAGCUGACUUGGGACCAUAAUUAUUGUCUUUUAUGGCGGGAUAAGGAUUCCGGUCCGGUGGUCUUUGGCUAUUAUCUGGUGAAGAAGUCUUUGUUCCGCUUCCGCAGCCAGGAAAUAAGAAUAAAAAAAGGCUAUGGAACAGAAAUCUUUAUUAGCCAAGUGAAGAGUAUGUACGAUUUAGUUUAGCUAAUGAACUUUUUCAUCGAUUUUCUUUUGUUGGAGACUUGAACCGUUCUCUAAGGAAACCUCUAGAGCCUCUCCUGAUUCGUAUUUAAAACAGAGCCACAUCUCUAUUUCUAAAACAGGGUCACGUCUCCUAAUCAAAAAUCCAUGUUUUGAUUUA